AUGGACGGAAGCGCAACACAUACCCUUACCGGACUCAAGAGAUGGUCAUGUCAAGACCCCACCGUGCUGCCGGACAUGGACAAGAUCAGGGCCAUCCACGUCUACGACUUUGACAACACGCUGUUCUGUAGUCCCCUGCCCAACAAGCAGGUCUGGGCCAGUCCGAGUAUAGGAACUCUACAAGCACUUGAGCAGAUCUCGACAGGCGGCUGGUGGCAUGAUGCGAACAUCCUAGCCUCGACUGGCAAGGGUCUGGAAGAGGAGAAGACGGCCUGGUCAGGCUGGUGGAACGAGGGUAUCGUCGAUCUUGUGCGCCUAUCCAUGGAGCAGAAGGAUGCCCUUACAGUCCUCUUGACCGGCCGCAACGAGAGAGGCUUUGCCGACCUUGUGACCCGCAUGUUCAGGGCUAAGAAACUCGAGUUCGACAUGGUCUGCCUGAAGCCUGCCGUUGGUCCUUCUGGCCAGCGCUUCUCGUCGACCAUGCUCUUCAAGCAAGACUUGCUGCGCGACCUGGUUUGCACCUACUCGGACGCUGAGGAGAUUCGUAUCUACGAGGAUCGCCCGAAACAGUGCGCUUUUACACUCUCGUCGUCGCACGCCAUGCUGACCUGCUCACAGUNNACCAAAGCAUUCCGCGACUUCUUUGCUACCUUCAACCGCUCCGUCUCCUCCCGCUCUCCCAUCCAGGCCGAUGUCGUACAAGUCUCAGAAGAGUCCACUACCCUCGACCCCCUCGUAGAAGUCAGAGAGGUCCAGCGCAUGAUCAACACACACAACCAGGCUGUACUGGACGGUGAUAUGCCGGGCUUACAUCCCCUCGCCAUCAAGCGCAACGUCUUCUACACUGGCUAUCUCGUCUCUCCACAAGACACGGAACGCUUUGCUGUUCUGACCAAGAACACAUCAGAUCGCGACUGGCGUACCCUGGCGAAUAACAUCCUCAUCACUCCUCGCCCUGCUCCCCAGAGUAUCCUCAAUAAGGUUGGAGGUCUCGGUCACCGCAUGACCUGGAGAGUGACGGGCCUUUCACACUUUGAGAACAAGCUAUGGGCUGCCCGAGUCGAGCCCGCUGACCCUCGAGCCCGCUUCUAUUCAGAGAAUCCAACUCCUACGGUCGUCAUCUCUCUUCGCAACAACGCCCGCCCCAUUGAUGCAAAGUACAUCUCGAACUGGCAACCCACCACCCCCGACCAAUCCUUCGAGUUUGACACCGUAGUCGGCGAAAAAGUCCUUUUGCGCAUUGAAAGAGAAACCGCCGACCAAGACCAACCCUCAUACGCCACCAAACCUCGCCCCCAACACCGCAGCUACCGUGACGAAGACUUCCCAGCCCUAGGCUCCGACCGCAACCCCCAACAAACACAAAACGAACAACAACCCCACCAUCCCUCACAACUAAACCCCGAAGCCAUGCAAUUCGGCCCUACCAUCCCCACUGGACCAGGCCAACACAACAACCGCGGCAACUACACAGGCCACAACAGCAGAGGCGGCGGUGUCUCCAAGCCAGCAAACAACAGAGGCGGCCGUGGCGGUAGAGGCAGAGGAAAAUUCGGUGGUAGAGGAGGUAGAGGCGGUAGAGGACGAGGCGGCAGUUAUAGAUCGCUGGAUGAUCGUCAGGAGAGCUAUGGUGGUGCAGGAAUGCAGUAUUAG